AUGAGCGGCAGUGCAAACAUUGCCAGAAGAUACGUGAUCUGGAAAUUAAACAGAAUGAGCGCAACCCCUGGAGGAACUAAGAGAAAUCUCAAAUGGCAAAUGCUUGACCUAUCAUCAAUGAAGGAUUGUUCACCAAAAAUAUUGUGUUCCUCCAUUGCGGAGUUGACCAGACCAAAUUGUGCUGCAAAGAAACAUGAAUGCCAGCAUAAGCAGAAGAAGUGCACCUCAGGACGUAAACGUACACAUGAGAAGAAGGAUGCAGUCUAUCACAACUGGCAUGGGCCAUUCAUGUGGAUUCAGAUUGAAAAUGCUAUCAAGCACCCAUCAGUCAUAUGGAGCUCGUCAUGGCUGGUUCAGCAUCUUAAGAAAAAGGAUCCUGUAAUCUUCAAAGGUCUUGCACGUCCGACUGUCGAGGGUUGGAUUGAUUGCACUGGCAAACCCAGGUGGACAGAAGCUGCGCUUUGCAUGGCUAAACUAGGAAAUCACCAGGGACAUUCAAAUGGAGGAUGA